CUUAUAGCGUUAUAGUUUUAUCAGUGUUGAUUUUUUAAACAGUCAUGUUAUAUUCGCGCUUUGAGAACAUCGAACCUCAUAAACAUCUUAUUUUAUAAAACCAUAACAUGCAUACUAAACAUUAUGGCAGGACCAUUUUUACUAUAUCCAUCGCAGCUUAUUUGGUUUUAGACCAGGUGGGUCUAAUUAAAGCAGCGUCCGAAGUUUCUAAUUAUGAUUUUUGGCCGUCAAAUAUAUUGGGUAAGCGUGCGAUGCAAUUGGUCAGGGAUCAUUUGACCAGGAGACAAGAGAGAAAAAAGUCGAGAUCUUCAAAACAAAUUUGCUACGACAUGGUCGGAUGUUUUCCUAUACCCCGAUCCAGUUAUUCACCGCUCAUGAAAUCGCCCCAAUCGCCGGACACGGUUGACACGAAAUUCUUGGUGAUGACCCGACAGAAUCGCAGCGAUCUGAUUUUGGUCAAGUACGGCGAUCGGCACGUUUCGAUGAACAACUCCAAUUUCAAGCCUGAACGGCCGACCAAGAUCAUCAUCCACGGGUUCAAAGGCAGUGGACACGACAAGGUAGCAAAACUCCUGGGAAACGCGCUCCUAGACCUGGAAGACGCGAACGUGAUUUUCGUGGACUGGGAAAAGGGGGCCGCUGGCCCGGGUUACGCACUUGCAGCCGCCAAUACGCAGUUGAUCGGACGUCAACUGGCAAUAUUGAUCACGGACAUGGUGGCGUUGAACGGUGACCCGGCCAUGAUUCACAUGAUUGGGUUCAGUCUCGGCGCCCAUGUGGCCGGUUUCGCGGGAAAGGCGUUGAAGCUGCUCGACAUACGCGUUGGCAGGAUUACAGGUCUGGAUCCCGCAUCCCCGUUGUUCAGGCAAAUGUUGUCGGCCUCGCUGCUGUCACUGAGCGCAGACGACGCCGCGUUCGUCGAUGUAGUGCACACAGACGGUGCUAGGAUAUGGUCCGAGGGGUUUGGCCUGUUCAACCCGAUCGGUGACGUCGACUACUUCCCGAACGGUGGUCUCGAUCAACCGGGUUGUGAACAAGUCCGUGGUUCUGUAAUCGUAAGCCGGUUCGAGGGCACGAUGAACUCGAGCGUGGUAUGCAAUCAUCUCCGGGCGUUACAGUUCUUCCUGGAAAGUCUCAAAGCUGUGUCAGAUCCCGAUGCAUGUCAGUUUACCGCAUUUCCCUGCCCAACCGGGUGGUCAAUGUUUCAAAAGGGCGAGUGCUUCCCUACAAAUUGCACAGAUUCGAAUUGUGUAACAAUGGGUUUUGCGGCAUCUCAAUCAAAACUCCGUGGUCCGCUGUAUUUGACAACUAGAGAUUCUAGUCCAUUUUGUGGGAGACAGCUCAAAGCAUCUGUUUUACUAUCCCCCAAAACAUCUAAACUUCGAGGCUACUUGCAAAUAUCGUUGGAAGAUGGUGAUAAUACGGCAAACUUCAAGCUCCGAACAAAGCAUAUGGAUUAUAUUUCGGGUGGACUUCUAGCUGAAGGACUUUCAGUAGCUAGAUAUGAAAAAUCUGUGCAAAAACAUUUAAAUAUUGAAUUGAGUUUCCAAUCAUUAGCUUAUCAAACAGAAAACGAAAAAUAUGGGCUUAGUAAUAUUAUCGAUGUGGUUGUGGACAAAAUAUCUAUUUUCGACACUGAAGGAAACGUAUGGUCUAAUUGUACAGAGAAUUCGAAUCUAAUCCACGUGGACGGAACAACAAUAUACGCCCAAACCUAUUCGCUUUCAUUAUUUGCUGCUUGUUAGUUAGUCGAGAUGACUGAGGACGGUCAAUUUUUUUUUUAUUUAUUAAUUAUAUCUACUUAACGGAUGACUGAAAUUGUUACAUAUACCUGAUAUAUAUAAUAUUGUUAUAAUACUAAAAAUGUAUAAUAUAAUAGUUAUGAAUUUGUGAACUAUAUAAUUCUAAUUAAAAAACGAAAUGA